AUGGAGGGGACGGGCUCUCGGGAUGAAGUGGAUGGAGCCAGGGCAAGGGAUGGCAGCAGGGACUGCACAGCCGGCCAGCCCACAGAGAAGGAUCUGGCUGGCACAGCGACGGAGGCAGCCUUUGUAACGGGCGCUGAGAGUGCUCCACCAUGCAAGACCCUGCUCAUCUGCUGCGCAGACGGCCUUGAUCAAGACACCUUUAAAAUUUGCAAGGAGCUGUUGAGACCCUUUAAGAAGUCACUUAGGAAACUGCACUUGCCCCAGCACCUCCCCACAGAGAAAAAACUGAAGUACAUCAAUGAAAGUUUGACCAUAAUCGGAGACCGCAUCGAUCUGUUCCUCCAGCAGUACUGCAAAGCCUCAGAAGUCCAGCACUGGCAGAGGAAGUUCUGGCAGUUCGUCUCCCUCUUCUCAGACAUGGAGGCAAAGCAACUGCAGAAGCUCUAUAAGUACAUCAAGAACAACCGAAUGGAUAAGGUUAAGGUGAGCAAACAGGAAAGGAAUUACCCCACAAGACGUUUCCGCUACACUAAGGGGAUAACUAUACCAUGCAGCUUACAUGGGCCGAUCUAUGUCAAGGCAGAAGCCUACAACUGA